GAACUUUUACCCGAAAUGAUUUCAUUAAUAAAUAAAUAAAAGAACUACACACAACACAAACGGGCAUCAUUAAUACUAAACCAGAACCAAAAAUGACGUCAACAACAAACGUUUUAAGUAUUGGAAAUGACACCGAGGAACUAUAUAACAAGCUGCAGAAAACAAGCAACCCGAAAGCAUAUUUUGAGUUCGAGUUUGAGAACCACAUGCGGAAAUUACUACUCAAUGGCGAAAAACCCAAGGAGCUGGAUGAAGAGUCCAUCGAAAGAUUUGCCGCCACUGAGAUAAUGAGAAAUGGCAAGCAGUACUACGAGUUCGUUCCUGACGGAUACAAAACUGGAGUCAUCAUCAAUGGAUGCUCAUUUCUGCCCAAAGACAUGGUCUUCCGCGUGAAAAAGAAGAUUGCCAAAGAACACUGGGUUAACGAAAAUGUAAUUCAAUACAAAAAGAAUUCAAUGUCCAACAUACAGAGUAUUGUAUCCGAAUGCUUGCAGGAAGAGUGCAAUGAUAUCUACCAAUAUUUGUGUUAUCUUAACAAGUAAAAUAAACUAAUAUAAGCAUAUAGA